AUGGCUACAACAUCAUUUAUAACCAGUUCCUAUGCAACACGCAUUCGAGAAUCAGUCACUCUCUUGACACAUUACACAAACAAGCUGUGGACGGACGACCAAGAUCUCAUGCUAAAUGAGUUCUUAAACAAUCCAAAACACACCAGACUCAUUGCCUUUGUCGAAUCUGGACCGCAUAAUAAUGAAGGCGAACUCAGACUCCAGUUCAACGUGCCAACUCAUCCUGGUCUAGAAGAACUCGUCUUCUUCCUACAAGAAGAUGCACCUGCCAAUACUCCCAAAAAGAUUCAAGUCGGCAUGGUCAAGGGUAAUACAUUGGACAGUCUCUUGCAUGUCAUGCAAGACUUGUAUACUCCCCUUUUAAGUGAUAAUGCACGGUGGCCUGAGACUGUUAGAAAGGACUUUGAUUUAGAACUCCAGCGAUUCAUGGCUCUGCUGACUGAUGCAGCAAAUAUGAGAAAGGGUGCUACAGUCUUGUAUAUACCACGAGAAGAUCUAGAAGUACCAGAAAGAGCUUCUCGAAACAAGGAUAUAGUACAGCGGCUAGAAUCACUGUUACUAUAUUGGACUCGUCAAAUCAAGUCUGUAGUCACGGGAUCUAGAAGCUCCGAAACCUCAGAAAGCUCUGGGCCAUUAGAAGAAAUCCAAUUCUGGAAGAGUAGAUGUGAUGACUUGUCUGGUAUAAGUGAGCAACUCAAAGGCAAAGACAUUGGCCGUGUCAUUCGAGUCCUUGAAAUCGCCCAAUCCUCAUAUCUCGACGCAUUCACCCGAUUAUCCCAAUCGAUACAAUCAAAUACUCUAGAAGCACAAGAUAAUCUGAAAUAUCUAUCGACAUUAAGUGCUCCAUGUCAAACUCUGGCCAAUGCCGAACCAAAAGCCAUUGCAGCCUUUCUCCCAAAACUGUUAAGCACAGUCCGUCUCAUAUGGGCCAACUCGGAAUACUUUGGUACUCGUGAAAAGAUAACAGGUCUAUUACGCCAAAUAAGUAAUGAAAUAAUACGUCGAUGUUGUGUCUUUAUAUCCCUCGAAGACAUCUUCCAGAAAGAUGCACAUGCUGGUCUAGCACAACUAGUAGAAGCCAUAUCAUGUACAGAGGGCUGGAAGAAUGCAUACAAGAACAUGACGAAACAUCUUGUUCGUCACUCUGAACGUGUAUGGCAAGUCGAUGAAAGCUCGGUCUUUUCAUCACUAGAAGCAUUCCAACAACGAUGUCGUGAUUUGGCUGAAGUUUGUGAAGCCCAAAUACAGUUUGCUCGCAAGACUCCCGGUGGGCCUGAUUCUGCACCAAUUCCUGUAUUUGGAGGGUCGAAUGGACCAAGUACCGUGAAGAGCCUGGAAAAUAUUGAGAGUGUUUUCAAGAGGAACACUUCUACAUUGUGGACUAUUCACGACUCUAUUCUGGACGUGAAACAUACUAGAUGGCACGACUACUUUGGUCGGUUCAAGGAUGGGCUUAAGGAUCUCGAAGUGAUGAUGCAAACCGUAAUAAGCAAUUCAUUCGAAACGGCUCUGUCUAUAGAACAAGCUGUUGAACUACUCGAAAUCUUCCAUCACCUCGCCAAACGAGAAACAAUCAAACGUGUAGUUGAAAAGAAGACUGCCGAUACCUGGAUUAUGUUUAUACACGAACUCAAUGCCGUAAAAGAGCUAUUCGAAAAACAUAAACGAACACCCGAUAUAUUGAGAUCCAAUCCAGACUUUUCCGGAUCUGCCAAUUGGGCACGAUCUCUAUUACGUCGUAUAACAUCUCCUAUGGCUGCAUUAUCGAAUGCAUAUUAUUUGCCUAAAACGAGUCUAUCUACUGAUGCCAAGGCUCAAUAUGACCCGCUAGUUGCAGCCAUAGAAGAUUACAUUACGCGUCAGCAUAAUGAAUGGGUUGCUACUACAUCCGCCAACCUUGCUGGUAAAUUGGAAACUACGCUCAUGUCUCGAAGCGGGGGUCCAGGAUCGGCACUUGAUGUCAAGUUUGAUAAGAACUUGCUGAGGCUGUUUGCUGAAGUGCAUUAUUGGCAAAAGACAAAGAGUGAUGUUGUGCCAUUCCAUUGCCAAGAACUUCAUGGGAAGAGAGAAGAAUUAAGAAUUCUACGAGAGAACGUUCUGUUGGUGGUGAGAGACUACAAUCUAGUAAUGGAAACUCUCAGCCCUGAAGAGAUGCUUCUCUUCCGUGAACGUAUACGGCUCUUGGACAGGAAGAUCAAUCCUGGUUUAACGAGUCUCACUUGGGCAUCAAAGAACAUUACCGAUUACUUUGUCAAAGAAUGCCGUCGUGUCGGCGCCGAACUGCAAAAGACUGUAGCAGAAUUCAUUGAUGCCAACCAGAAAAUACGUCUCAACUGUAAACUCAUUGCCGAGACAUUAUUGUGGAGGGUUGAAAGUAAACGCAUCUAUGAGAUUGGUGAAUUUGCCGCAGCUCAAGACCAGCAUCGUAUUAUUGUGCGUGAGAAGCUCAAAUCGGCACAUGAAUCUAUAAGACAGACGCUCUUGUCUGUCUUUGAAUUCUUCCGAAAUGAUGGAAGAGAAGUCAUGGCACAAUGGGCAUACUUUGUUGCUCGUGUAGAUAAAAUGGUGGAAGAAGCAUUACGUCUUACAGUCAAGAGAUCGUUGCAAGACAUUGGAAAGGCAAUCAAUGGUGAAGGCAAGAGCCGAGACUCUGCCGUCCAACCGCUCUUCAAAGUCAACGUAUCUCUCGAGAAUCAAAAAGUCGAUUUCAGCCCAACACUUCAAAGACUGGAAGAAAUUGUUUUGCGUGUUGCCAAAGAUAUGUUGAUGGCAGUCAGUGUCGCUGGUCGAUUCUCUCAAUUGCUUGGUAUAGAUUCACCGUCCAAGAUAAUCACCACCCUAAAUGAUGAGUUGGCUAAAGAUGAGGAUAUCUUGAAGAUACUGUUGUCUAUACAGAAUGGAAUGGCGAAUAAUGCUACCAAGAGUCAGGCACAUUUGAGAGUGUGGGAUGGAUAUAGGGAGAUAUGGGAGAUUAAUAAGGAUGCUUUCAUUCGAAGAUAUGCGAAAUUAAAACCUGCUCUUUCUACAUUUGAUGCUGAUAUUGGCCGAUAUGGUGAAGUUGCUAACAAUAUUCAAAAGGAGGAAACCUUGACAAACAUCAACUUUGUUCGUCUGGAUUCUUCGCCGCUCAAACAUCAACUUGUGCUGCACUGUACAGCAUGGUCGAACAAGCUCACGACUUUGUUGAAGACCAACAUGAUGACCGAGUUGACUGGUCUUCACCAGAAAUUGUCAACCUCGUCAGAUCGUUUACGACAAACUCCUGCAGAUGUGGACGAGUUAUCCGAGUCUAUUAAUCUAUGCUCGCAAUUGCGAGGUGAAAUACCUGGCAUUGAGGGUCAAUUUGCACCUAUACAUGAACAAUUCUCGAUUCUGGAGAAGUAUGAGGUGCCUAUAUCAGAUGAAGAGCGAGCCAUGCUUGAGAGUCUGCAUACGAGUUGGCUCAACUUCCAGCAAACAUUGUCUGAUGCUGAGCUCAUGCUGCAAGAAUAUAAAGCCAAAUUCAAGACCCAGCUAUUGGCUUCUAUUGAAGAAUUUGGUAAACGUGUUGACGCUCUUCGAGAAGAGUUCACCACCAAAGGACCAUUCUCAUCAACGCUGGAAGUUGAUCGAGCUCAAAAACUCAUAUCCGAAUACCGUACUGCUGCUCAACAGGCAAAGACCCAAGACCAAUUCCUUCGCAAAGGAAUGGCAGUCUUCCAUGUCGAGCAUCGACCAGGUGCAGAUAUCGACGUACUAGUAGCGGAUGUAGACAGAUUACACGAAAUCUGGGUGGGUCAUGAAGAAUGGCUGACUGCAUGGACAUCAUGGAGUAAUGAGCCAUUGUCGAGUAUGAACGUCUCUGGAUUGGACGAUACCAUACAAAAGUUUACCAAACGGUUGGCGAAGCUUGCCAAAGACAUUGCCGAAUCACCAGAAGUAUUAAGAACACUUCAGGAACGUGUAGCGCAUGUUGCCAAGACCGUCCCUAUCGUCAAUGACUUGAAGAGUCCAGCGUUACGACCACGACAUUGGGAACACCUCAUCGAAGAAACUGGAAAAACAUUCGAUCCAGCAUCUCCUGAUUUCACACUAGCUAAAAUCAUGGCAUUGGAAUUCAAUACUGAUGUUGUAUCCCAAGUUGCCAUGUCUGCUGGUCAAGAAUUGAUUAUAGAGGAAGGAUUACAAGCCAUUGACAAUUCUUGGCGAAAGAUGGAUCUGACUAUGGUGCCAUUGAGGGAUGAACGUAAACUUGGGUUUUAUAAAAUUCAGUCUACGGAUGAUAUCACCCAGUUGGUUGAAGAUCAACAAGUUAAAUUGACUUCUAUGAGAGGCUCUAAAUAUGUGACUCCUUUUGAGGAGCAGGUUGAGCAUUGGGAGCAGUUGCUUGUUGAGACUGUUGAUGCUGUUGAAGCAUUGUUGAGUGUUCAAAACAUGUGGCUGUAUCUGGAGAGUAUUUUCGCCACUGAAGACAUCAAGAAACAGUUACCAAAAGAGACGGCAUUCUUUGAGCAAGUGAAUCGUACUUGGAAGGAAACAUUAGGACAGAUUGCUGGAAGUCGUAAUGUCUUAAAGGCAACCAAACUGCCAAAUCUUAACAAGACCUUGCCAGAACUCCAAGCCAAUAUGGAAAAGAUUCGCAAGUCAUUGGACUUAUAUCUACAUGUCAAACGCACGGCCUUCCCUCGAUUCUUCUUCUUGUCUUCAGAAGAAUUGUUGGAUAUACUUGGCCAAGCAAAAGAUCCGCAAUCAGUCCAACCACAUGUCCGUAAACUAUUCGACAAUGUAGUUGAGAUUGAGUUUGUAGCAGCUGGCACAGAUUCUCGCCGACAUUACGAAAUUGCUGGAAUGAGGACAGGAGAUGACGAGUAUCUGCCAUUAGCAGAUCCUAUUGUCAUUGACUCUCCAGUCGAAACAUGGUUGGAUGACUUCACCAGUAAAAUGCAGCUCACCUUACGUAACCUCAUACCUGGUUGCAUUGCAGCAAGUAAAAAGUUAAAGAGGGAUAAAUGGAUUCGUGACUGGCCUGGACAAGUUGUAUUAAUGUCCGCUCUGAUACUUUGGACAUCAGAGACGUCUAAAGCUCUGCAAGACUCACAGAGUGGUGAUAAGCCAGCUUUGAGAGAAUUGAAAAAGCAACAAAUGUCUGGUCUCAAGAAGCUUGCCGAGUUGGCCAAAGGCACUACAAUGUCAGACCAUGAACGAAUCAAAUGCCAGUCACUUAUAACACUAGAUUUGCAUUCUCGAGAUGUUACUGAUAUGCUCAUCAAAAAGGCUACUGGCGCAGAUCACUUCUCGUGGUUGAGCCAGAUGCGGUUCUAUUGGGAACGCUCCAAUAAUAACAAUAAUAGCUCAUCAGAGUCUGGAGAUCUAGUAAUGAAACAAACUAAUGCCCAAUUCCAAUAUGGCUACGAAGUCACCAGUAUACGUCGUCUAGUCUUGACACCUUUAACUGAUCGGGCACUGCUCACCCUCACCAGUGCCUUGAGUUUAGCUCGUGGUGGUAGUUUACAAGGACCUGCUGGUAUAGGCAAGACGGAAACCGUAAAAGAGUUGGGUCGUACUAUGGGUAAAUACGUACUAGUAUAUAAUUGCUCCAAGGCUAUGGAUUAUCGAACUCUCGCCAGAAUAUUUACCGGUCUUGUACAAACUGGUGCAUGGGGCUGUUUUGAUGAAUUCAACCGUAUUGAGCCAGAGAUUUUGAGUAUUAUGACUAGUCAGGUAGCUUCUAUACUACAAGCCGUGCGACGUCGAUCCAAGACAUUGAUUUUGGACGGUCAGGAGAUGUCCUUAGAUUCGUCACUAGGAGUGUUUAUCACGAUGAAUCCCAACUUUGCUGGCUGGAAUGAAUUGCCUGAAAGUCUAGCGGCUCUCUUCCGACCUGUAGCAUUAUUACUACCCGAUAGUGCUUCUAUAGCUGAAAACUUGCUUGUAUCGCAAGGUUUCUCGAAUUGCCAUGCUCUGGCCAGUAAAAUUGAAUUGGCAUUCAACGUAAUGGCCCAGCAAUUAUCUUCUCAACGUCAUUAUGACUUUGGUCUCCGAGCGCUGACACGAGUAAUUAAGGUUGCUGGUGAGAGGAGACGGCUGAAUUCCAAUCUCUCUGACGAAGUCGUAGUGUAUACAUCACUGCAAGAAUGCAAUGUGUCUAAACUAGUAGAUGUCGACAUACCCGCAUUCUUGGCCAUCCUGAAGGACAUCUUCCCUGGUAUUGAAGGGGCAGUCGACGAUAAUGUAGCUUUUGCUGCUGCCCUCAAAUUAGAAAUGUCAAUCACAGAACUGCAAUCUACGGGUAAUCUCGCAUUAAAGAUUUCUCAGCUCUAUGAUACGAGAAAUCAUCGUCCUGGUAUUGCCCUAAUUGGUCAGACAGGUGCUGGCAAGUCGACGAUAUGGAGGACAUUGAUGAACACGCUAAAUCGAAUGGCUACAGCUUCUCCAAGUCAAUUUAGUCCUAUCCGUAGUCUGGUCAUCAAUCCCAAAAUAUAUACAGUUAGUGACUUGUAUGGCCGACUCAACCCGAACUCGAAUGAAUGGGAAGAUGGAUUGCUCUCGGGCUUAUUGCGUCAAGUAUGCCGAUCAGAAAGUAACGAACACAAAUGGGUGAUAUUAGAUGGACCAGUGGACUCUACAUGGGUCGAAAGUCUCAAUACUGCUCUAGAUGAAACCAGACUGUUGACCCUAAAUAAUGGUGAGCGUAUUGUCAUACCAGACCAUGUCAAACUAGUAUUCGAGACAUCGGAUUUGAAUGCAGCAUCUCCAGCUACCGUGAGUCGAUGCUCUAUAGUAUAUGUAAAUAGUAACGAGGCCAUGCCAAAACACUUUAUGGCCACUUGGUUGGCCAGUCGACAAACCAGUAGUAAUCCCAGUGAGACUCCUGUCUUGACUAAACUAGUAGAAAAGUGGUUUGAAAAAUGUCUCAAGUUCUGGAAGUCUGUAGCUGCUGAGGACGCUAUACAUCAUAAUGUGCUGAUGAUGGUCAAGACCUUCUCACAGCUCCUUCAAUCUCUCAUCACUAAAGAAAAUGGUGUUGAUGCAGAAGAUGCUGAGGGAUAUACACAUAUGCUUGAACUAUGGUUCUUGUUUGCUGUGAUCUGGUCGUUUGGUAGUCCACUCAAGGGAGAAGGUCGUCGACGAUUUGAUACCUUUGUUAGAGAUCUAGAGGGACAGUUCCCACCCAAGGAUACAGUCUUUGAUUAUUAUGUGUCUUUGGAGAAGAGGGGAUGGGCAGGUUGGGAUGAAAAAUUGCCAGCUACUUGGAAAUUCCCUGCUGGUACUCCAUUCCACAAGCUGUUUGUUCCAACCGUCGAGACGGUUCGUAAUGAAUUCUUAGUCCAUGCUCUCAUACGGUCCUCGUCUCCUAUCUUGCUUGCUGGUCACAUUGGGUGUGGCAAGUCUGCAAUUAUAUCCAGUGCCAUAAAGUCGAAUACCGUUAAUACCACCAUCCUACAUUCGCACUUGUCUGCAACCUCCACAGCUGCUGGGCUGCAAAGCUUGUUGGAGUCAAAAGUAGAACGUCGACACAAGAAUGUGUUUGGUCCGCCAAACAGUAAAUUGACCUUCUUGGUUGAAGAUUUGAAUCUUCCACGAGCUGGUCGAUUUGGGGCUCAGCCUCCUCUGGAAUGGAUUCGACAUCUCUUAACAUACGGUGAAUUAUAUGAGCCACGCAAACAGUCGUCUAAACAAAUUGUCGAUGUUUUGGUAAUGGGUUGCACCACUGUCGGAGGAUUCGGUACCCAAAUCAGUCCACGAGUGCAAGCUGCAUUCAAUCUCCUGCAUAUUCCUGAACCGACAAACGCUAAUAUUCAAAGAAUCAUGGGAUUGUCGAUGGGACAAUUGCUUCAGGACUUUGAAGAGACAAUAAAACCAUUAGGCGAGACACUCACUUUGUCUACCGUUGAAUUAUACCGUAGUAUCGCAGCCAAGUUGCUACCGACACCUGCCAAAGUACACUAUCUGUUUAAUCUGCGGGAUGUCAUGAUGGUAUUGCAAGGUCUGAUGAGAGCUCGAUCAGAAUAUUAUGACUCGCCAGAUUCUCUAGUACGCCUCUGGACUCAUGAAGUGUCGCGUGUCUUUGGAGAUCGUCUUGUAUGUAGAGAAGACAAGGAAGCAUUUGAACAAAUUCUUGAUAGUCGACUACAAACCCAUAUGAAUGUGUCGCUGAAACAAUUGUGUAGCGAGGAAGGUCAUUUACCAAUGUUUGGAGAUAUUCUAGAUACCAGUGAAAAGCCAGUUUAUGAAGAGAUUACGGACUUGGUUGGUCUCAAGGCCUUCUUGGAGAAGAAGCUGGUGGAAAGAAAUGGGGAAACUGGCAACCUUCCAGUCGACAUUGUCUUCUUCCGUGAUGCUAUCGAGCACAUAACGCGAUUGACUCGUAUUCUCCGAUUACCAGGAGGUAAUGCCUUGUUGGUUGGUGUUGGAGGUAGUGGUCGUCAGAGUCUAGCACGUUUAGCCGCUUUCUUAUUGGAUAUGCGUGUGUAUCAGUUACGAUGCACGCAAAAGUUUACUCAUGCUGACUUCCGGGAUGACUUGAAGGCACUGUUUAAGCGAGCAGCACUCGAAAACCAGAAGAUACUUAUAUUGUCCACCGAUGGAGACUUGAUGUUUAGCUCCGCAGCUGUAUCCGAGGGCGCACCGCCAGUAUCUGAUCUCAUUCUCGAUGACUUGGUGAAUAUUCUUAAUAGUGGUCGUGUCUUUGGCUUGUUUAGUGAUGAAGAGCUCUCUGAAAUGAAGAGAAACCUCAAGACCAAUAAAACCGUCAGCGCCGAGGGUACAGAUGUGCUGAAUGUCUUGCGGCAUAAUGCUAGAGCGAAUCUGCACUUGGCUCUGUGUAUGACUCCAUCUGGUGGUGUGUUCCGUAGAUGUAUCCAAGACUUCCCUGCCUUGAUGCAUUCUUGCGUCAUGGACUACUUUUGGAGUUGGAACACUGUAGCGCUAGAAGAAGUAGCUACGCAAAGGCUUAAAGAUAUAUGUAAUGAGCCCGAAGGAAAAGUGGUUAUGGGUGCUCUUGUUGCUAGUCACUUAACUGCAGUCGAGCAAGCCGAGAAGAGUAGUAGUGAGACUGGCAAGGCGAACUUCAUAACGCCCAGUCACUACCUUGAUUUGCUGAGAAACUACAAGACUCUUAUAGUAGAUGGCCGCGAAAGAAUUAGCACUGCCGUCUCGCGCCUAAAGACUGGUCUGAGUAAAUUAGACGAAACUCAAAAGGCAGUCGAAGUCAUAACUGUAGAACUAGCCACCACCAAAAAGCAUAUUGCAGAUUUCUCACGACAAUGUGAACAAACUUUGGUCACCAUCGUCAGUAAUAGUCGUGAAGCGGAUGAAACUGCCAAGGUUGUCGCUGCAAAGGCUGAAAAGCUGGGCGCAGAAGAAGAAGAGGUCAUGAUUCUGGCCGAUGCUGCUCAAGCUGAUUUAGACCAAGCUGUGCCAGCUCUUCAUUCUGCCGAAGAGGCUUUGAAUGGCAUCACCAAGAAGGAUUUGACUGAACUCAAGUCGUUUGCAAAACCUACGCCAGCUGUUGUAUCAGUCAUGGAGGCUGUGAUGACCUUAUUCAAGAAGGAACCAACUUGGGAAGAAGCUAAACGACAGCUUGGAGAUCUCAAGUUCUUGCAGAAUGUGAUACAAUUUGACCGUGAUAAUAUUUCAGAUAAAAUCUUGCGUCGAAUUACGCAGUAUAUCGGUGACGAGAACUUCCAACCUGACAUUGUUGGACGAGCUUCAGGCGCUGCGAAAGGUCUUUGUCUGUGGGUUAGAGCCAUGGAAACGUAUGGUCAGAUAUUCCGUCAAGUGGGUCCAAAGAAGGAAAAGUUGAGGCAACUGCAAGACCAGCUCGAGAAGAAACGAAAGAGUUUACAAGAAGCCAAAUCUAAAUACACUGAAACUCAAGAGAGAUUGGCGGAGCUCAAAGUUCAGUACGAAGAGAAGCUAGCUCUCAAAGAAAAACUGAAGCAAGAAUCCAGCUUGACGGAGCAACGCCUAGUCCGUGCGGAACAAUUAGUCAGUGGUCUAGCUAAUGAGAGAUCACGCUGGGAGAAAGUCAUUGUCUCCCAUGAAGAGACUCUAGCUCGAAUAACUGGUCAUACCGUCUUGGCCUCCGUAUUCUUGUCAUAUGCAGCAAACUUCUCUGCAGUCUACCGCGAAAGUCUGCUUAAGACGAUACGAACCACUCAUUUAGAGAGCCAUGAUAUCGCCGUAUCUCCUCAGUUCUCUGUAGUGGACUUUUUGAGUCAUGAGAAUGAGACACGACAAUGGCGACUGAAUGAUCUACCUCCUGAUAGCUUUGCCACUGAAAACGCUGUGCUAGUCACUCGAAGCAGCAGGUGGCCUCUAAUAAUAGACCCUCACGGACAAGGAACCAGAUGGUUAGUCAACACCCAUGGAGGUGAUAAGAACAGCAGCUCAACAUCAAAGACAUGUAGAGUACUAGGUGCUAGUCAGGCCAACUUUUUAGUAUCGCUUGAAAGCGCCAUUCAGGCCGGUAUUCCUACAAUAGUAACAGGUGUAACAGAGCAAGUAGACCAUGCACUCGAUGCUCUUUUGAGCAAGAGUAUUUUCGAACGUGAUGGCAAACCCUUCAUCCAGCUUGGCCAGAAAGCAGUCCCAUAUAAUCGAAACUUUAAGCUGUACUUUGUUACGAGCUUGUCAAACCCCAUGCUGACGCCGGAAUUAUUUGCUAAGCUCACCAUAGUAGAUUUCGCGGUGACUGAUGCUGGCGUACAGGAGCAUCUCUUGGGCAGUAUCAUUCAAAUAGAGCAACAAGAUUUGGAAGAUCAGAAGAGCUCUUUGGCAACUGCUAUGGCCUCUGCGAGGGUCAAACUAGUUCAAUUGGAGGACGAGAUUCUUAGAUUGCUAGGAUCAUCGCAUGGCUCCCUAUUAGAAGACGAACAGCUAGUUAGCGCUUUACAGACUUCAAAGUCUACCAGUGAAGAAAUUGGUCGGCAAUUGAGCUCCAGUGAGCUGACGGCCAAGAGAGUCGAUGCAGCACGUAAAGUAUACCAGCCUUGUGCCCACCGUGCCACUAUAUUAUUCUUCGUCAUGGCCCGCUUUGCCGAGGUCAACCCAGUAUACUACACUUCCAUGGACACAUAUGUUGAAUUGAUGCAGCAUUCUCUUGGCAAGGGCAAACGUAGUGAAGACAUUAACGACCGAAUAGCAGCCAUGAACGAGAACCAUACCUUCGCUGUCUAUAAGUAUAUGUGCCGAGUACUGUUUGAAGAGCACAAAAUGCUCUUUGCCUUCCAACUCGCUGUCAGUGUAUUGAACUCUAGUGGGAAGCUCAAUAUGGAAGAGUACUCCACCUUAUUCAAAAAACCAGAGGCAUCUGUAGGAGACGAAGAAGCUCCACCGCCGAAUGCUUGUCAAGAAUGGCUAGAUGACGAUUCUUGGUCUAGGAUCAUCCAUCUCAAUAAAUUGCAAGCACUGUCAGGUCUCUUAGGAUCGGUCGAGCAGAACGAACGAGAGUGGAAUCUGUGGUAUGUGUCUGCAGAGCCAGAAAAGAUCCCCCUCCCCGGUGAAUGGGAAAAUAAAGCCAAUGAGCUACAGCGUAUCCUCAUAAUCCGUGCUAUAAGACCUGAUCGAUUCUUGUCGUGUGCAGCAAACUUUGUAAAAGUUAACUUGGGCCAAAAGUUUGUCGAACGCACAGCAGAGUCUGACGACUUUUAUUUGGACUCUUCAGCUCUUAAACCCCUCAUUUUCAUCCUUGGCUCGGGUGCCGACUUUGCUCCCAUGAUGACCGACUUGAUGAAAAAGCAUAAUAUGACCGAUAAAACAGUCCAGGUAUCACUCGGCUACUCACAGCUAUCCAUGGCCACUAAAUUGCUUCAAGAGGCUGCUCUGAAUGGGCAAUGGUUGCUCUUGGAAAAUUGUCCCAUGCUAGGAGAUUGGCAGCUACUCUUCGAACAAUUCUGGGAACGUUUGGCGGUUGAACCGCCAUCACCCUCAUUCAGACUCUUCUUGACUGUCCAAUUCAAUCAGACAAUUCCUCGCUGGCUGCAUAACCAGUCGGUCAAAGUGGUAUUGGAGCAACCUAAGGGUGUAAAGGCACAUUUGACUCGUCUCAUGCGUCGUAUGUCAGAGGAUGAGGUGAAGAGCUCGCCAAAUCCUACUGCAUACAGGCGACUUUUGUUUGCCUUGUGCUUCUUCCAUGGUAUCAUAAUGGAACGUAAACGAUUUAGAAAUCUAGGUUGGAACAUGAUGCCCGACUUUAACGGAUCAGACUAUGAUGUGUGUGCUCAAGUACUCGCCACGUGCUUCGAUGCCGAUGGUGCUCCCCGAUUUGAUCUCUUGCGUCAUUUGAUUGCUGAUACGCAUUAUGGAGGGCAUUUGAGUGACGAAUGGGAUAAGCGUCUACUCCGUAGCUACUGUAAUGUGCUGUUCUGUGAGGCUGCACUCAGCACACCAGAGUAUCACUUCUCAGCUUCAGAAACGUACUGUCUGCCCGAUGUGACGGACUCUCAUGGCUUGCGUGAAUACGUUGCCUUGCUACCGUCAGUAGAUGCCGUCGAAUUGUUUGGACAAAAUAGUAACGCCGAUGUAGUUAGCAAAACAGACGAAGCCGAUCACUUUUUGAAUGCUCUACAGAUAAUGGAUAAACAGCAGGUCGGCGAUGUGGAUGGUGGUCGAGAGGCGCAGAUAUUGGCACUCGCUUCGAGUUUAUUGAAUCGUGUCCCGGUCGCAAUCAAGACAGCAUCACCAACAGCUUCCCAGUCAGCAUUACACAAUGGAACUUCUUUCGCGGCUGUUAUAGAACAAGAAUCCGGCUGUUACAAUGAGCUAUUACAACGUAUUAGACUGUCACUCUUGCAAGUGCAACAUGCUAUACAAGGCACCACUAUAAUGACGCCGGCACUGGAUUUGAUUAUCGAAGCCUUGUUUGAAAACAGAGUACCAGAUGCUUGGGCUGUAUAUCUGUCUCAAAAGACUUUGAAUGCAUGGAUACAAGAUUUGCUACUACGUGUAGAGUUCUUUAAUGAGUGGAUUGCCAAGGGUGAUCCGAAGACAUUCUGGUUGGGAGCAUUUACUCAUCCUGGUGGUUUCUUGACCGCCGUUUUGCAAAGAAGCUCCCGCUUCAGUAACAUUCCGUUGGACAAAUUGCAAUUGGAGAUAUCUGUAAUGCACGAAGAAUCAGAGGAUAGCUCACAGGUGAUCCAAGCUGCCGAUGGUGUACUGCUUCGUGGAGUGUACUUGGAAGGAGCUAGCUGGGAUCGUAAAAACAAUUGCUUAUGUGAUUCCAGGCCUAUGGAAUCGUACACUCAAUUGCCGAUCUUGUAUGCUCAUGUGGUUCAGGAAAAGAAGAAGCAUCCUAAGGGCAUGUUCCUAUGUCCUGUAUUUAGUGCCUUCCGGGAAACUCGGGCUGAACAGCCCUUCACUCUCACAUUAAAGUGCGGUUCCAAUGAUUCUGAAUUCUAUGUCAAAAGAGGUUGUGGUGCUCUGCUGACUCAACCUCGAUGA